GGGCUCUCUACUAGGCCUGUUAUAGUCCAACUCCGGCCAGGCCUGCGGUCUCUCCCCUUCGUCGAGCGGCGCAGCACAAAACAAAAGCCGAGGCAGGACAAGAGAGCGAACCCUCUCUAAACCCUAGAAACUUAGGCACCGCCGCCGCCGCCGCUGCUCCCAGGACAGCAGCCAAGGAAGACGAAACCAAGCCUCCGCCAUGCCGAAAUCCAAGCGCAAUCGCUCAGUCACCCUGUCAAAGACCAAGAAGAAGCCGGGGCUAGAGCGGAAGGGCAAGGUGGUCACGGAGAUCAAAGACGCGAUUGAGCGCCACAGCAGCGCCUAUGUCUUCACCUACAACAACAUGAGGAACCAGAAGCUCAAGGACCUCAGGGACCAACUCAAGUCCUCUAGCCGGAUAUUCCUUGCUGGAAAGAAGGUCAUGCAGAUAGCAUUGGGGCGGUCACCUGCUGAUGAAGCUAAGACAGGCCUGCAUAAACUCUCCAAGUUCCUUCAAGGUGCUUCUGGAUUGUUAUUUACAAAUCUCCCAAGGGAUGAUGUCGAGAGAUUAUUCCGAGAAUUUGAGGCGAAUGAUUUUGCGAGGACAGGAAGUAUUGCGACUCAAACGGUUGAGCUAAAGGAAGGCCCUCUGGAACAGUUUUCACAUGAAAUGGAACCCUUUCUGCGCAAACAAGGACUGCCAGUUCGCCUAAACAAAGGUGUUGUUGAAUUGGUUGCAGAUCAUGUAGUAUGUGAAGAAGGAAAGCCCCUUUCACCAGAAGCAGCACACACUCUGCGCGUGCUUGGGACGAAGAUGGCGACGUUCCGACUGUACCUUGUCUGCCGCUGGUCGUCCGAUGACUUUGAAGUGUACAAGGAAGGCUUGGCGCACCUGGGAGGUGAGGAAGCUGACGAGUCUUCUUAAGGUUGUUGGAUUAUCAUGGUGGCGUGCUUGUUGUCUAGCUGUGUUCAGACGGUUUUGUGCCAUGCCUUUGUACCCUUAAUUCGACAGGAAUCUCAAAUAUAUGAUCUGACCCAGUUGGGCAUAUUGUUGAGUGCCAGUAUUUUUGUGAGCUACUAUUAUAGGUUGAUCUUCUUCCUUGGCCUCUUCUCCGUUGUACUCCCUCCGUAAACUAAUAUGUUGCGCCUAUACUUGUGCUGCAAGUGGUUCGGCUCAA